AUGUCCAACCUUGUAAACAACCGUCCGAGGUCACCACCACAGUCUUCGAACAGUCGAGCUUCCUCCAGAAUAUCUCACAAAUCCUUGCCUUCGCAGCGAUCACGGUCUUUCAACGACUCUGAAGAGACAACUCCACUACUAGCAAGACAAGCCGAUUACGGCAGACAGAAUGGUGGCAACCUGGCGAAUGGCGUCCCCGGCUCGCCAACGACACGAUCUUCGAGAUCAACACAGGAAGGCUUCGAGGAUGACAAAAAAGGCCAACGUCGAUGGGCUUCAAUGAUUUCCCUAUCUUUCCUCAGCUUGGUGGUCAUCGCAAUACUGUGCCUUGGCUUUGCUGCUCCUGCGAUUGUGGAAGAAUACGCGCAACAGGCUGUAGUGUUUGACCCCACAGAUCUCUCGAUCAACUCGUUUACUGCUACUGGUGUUAGGGCGAGAGUCCAAGGCACCUUCAAACUCGAUGCAUCAAGGGUGAGGAAGAAAGCCAUUGCUGACAUUGGCCGGUUUGGUACGUGGAUCGCGAAAGAGAUCGAGACGAAAGAAUCCGACGUCAAAGUGUAUCUUCCCGAGUACGGCAACGUCCUGCUAGGUGUUGCUGAUGUGCCACCAAUAAAGGUCAACGUACGAAACAACCAUGUGAACACUAUCGAUUUCUUGACGGAUCUCGAACCUGGUGAUAUGGAUGGUAUUCGCCGUAUAGCCAAUGACUGGUUGGACGGUCGAUUGGGUUCUUUGAGAGUUCAAGGCGUGGCUACAGUGCCAUUGAAGUCUGGGAUCUUUAGCUUGGGAACUCAAAAGAUUUCGCAAUCUAUGUUGUUCGAAGGCCACGACCUCCCCGCUUUCCCUGAAUUAGAUGUCAAAGCUCUAAGCUUCCAUGAGAUCGGGCCUCCAGGGCAACCGGAAGGCAUGGCGGCCAUCGCCUCAGUCUCAAUAAUGAACGACUACCCCGUCCAGUUCGAUAUCCCACCACUCCGCUUUGACGUACUGGUUCCCAACUGCUUGCCUGAUCAGGAAUAUCUUUUUUUGGCAGAUGCCAAAACCGACGCAGCACAUGUCCGGCCGAAACAGUUCGUCAACAUGAACAUAACCGGAUUGAUCCAGGGAUUACCCCAAAAACUCACCACCGCAUGCCCCUUGUCCAACGCAUCCCCACUGGAUGCGAUUCUAGCCGACUAUUUGCAAGGGAAGGACACCACAAUAAUUGUCCGUGGAGGCACUCGCCAAGAAGCAGAAACUCCUGGUUGGCUGGUCGAUCUGAUCAGGGGCACGACUGUACCUUUACCACUUCCUGGUCAUCCGUUUGACAACCUUAUCCGCAAUUUCUCCCUGGCAGAUGUGCACUUCAGCUUACCUGAUCCAUUCGCUGAGCCGGAUACGCCAGACUCACAACCGAAGAUCUCUGCAAUUGCCAAGGUUCUUGUAGCCCUACCAGAGGACAUGAACUUUAAUGUUGAUGUUGAUCGCGUAAGAGCUGACGCAGAUGUGUUCUAUAAGGGUAGGAAACUUGGCAAACUCGACCUACGCAACUGGCAGAAGGCUACAACAACGAAGAUCGAAGAAAAUAACCAAGCGGGUCUCCUGGUUCAAGCCAAAGUCGAAGAAGCGCCUCUCAAUAUCACGAAUGAAGACGCUUUCACUGAUCUUCUGCAAUCUCUGGUCUUUGGUGGAAAAGGCGUUGACCUUGGUAUCAAAGCUAAUGUGGAUGUGAAUACCAACACUGCGCUAGGUGCAUUCGUUGUCCGCAAAAUUCCAGCCGAAGGAAAGAUUCACGUCAAACCCCUAUCAGGAGGCGGCUUUUCCGACAUGAGGCUACAGAUUGGGUCCCUCGAAAUUCUUGAGACCACUCAAUCGUCCUUGAGGGUACAAGCAAAAGCCAACAUCACCAAUCCCAGUGAAUAUUCGGCGCGAAUACCAUACAUUAAUAUCAAUAUCCUCAACAAUGACACGAUUCUAGGCAGUGUGUUUGCUAAGAAUCUGGAUAUUGUUCCUGGAAACAAUACCAAUAUUGUUGCUGUAGCAGUUUGGAACCCGUCUGGUAUGAGCGGUGCAGAAGGAAGAAAAGUUGGACGCGAUCUGCUUUCCCAGUAUAUCUCGGGUUACAACACCACUUUAACACUAAAGACCCACAAGGACACCAUUCCCUCGCAACCAGCUCUAGGAAGAGCACUAUCGAACCUCGAGAUCGUCAUCAACACGCCGAAGCUAUCAGUGCCGCAUAUUCCUGGCGAUGGCGGCCAUGAAGACGAUCCUGAUCAGAAUGAUGGUGGACCACAUUUCAUUCGUGAUGCAACGAUGCACCUUCUCACCUCGACCGCCUCCUUUAGACUCAUCUCGCCCCUUCCAAAAACGACUUUGUACAUCACCUCGAUCCACGCGCUUGCGUUCUACAACCACACCAUCCCCAUUGGCUCAAUAGAUCACGAAUUUCCUUUUGCGGUCCCUCCUGGCGAGUCAACCACCCCUCGCUUGCCUGUCGUUUGGGACAUAAGUGGUACUGGAGCUGAUGCUGUGCGGGAUGCUCUAGGUGGUACACUGAAACUUGAUGCAAAGGCGAAUGCUAGUGUGAAGAUUGGAGAGUGGGAGGAAAGGCUUUGGUUUGUUGGUGGCGGGAUUGGCGCACAUGUGGUGUUGUGA